ACACCAAGUUCUCCAAUGUCGACAACUACAACAUCGAGUUCUUCAAUACCGACGACCCCGAUACCGAGUUUUCCGACACCUUCAUUGGAUUCUUGCAUAUCCGACAACAGAACACACAUGCUUCCCCAUAAAACUAUGUGCGAUCAUUACUAUUUGUGUUUUAAUGGCUGGGUAAGUCCCAUCUCUGAGAAAUGCGACCGCAACUUAUUAUUUAAUUCAUUGCUUCGUGUAUGUGAUUAUCCGGAAAAUGUAAAUUGUAAGAACUCUCCGCCAAAUACGGAUAAGUCAAAUCCAUCAUCGAUUUCGCCACCGUUUAAUUACUCAUUACCGACAAACUCAGAUCCAGUUGCUUUGAUUUGCCAGCCAAAUGGCAAGCACAAAAUUCCUCAUGAAAUUAUGUGCGAUUACUAUUAUUGGUGUAUCAACGGCAUAAGAGGUACGAAUUGGAUAAGAUGCGAAAGCAAUUUAUUAUUCAAUCCAGUGAUCGGUGAAUGUGAUUACUCGGAAAACGUAGACUGUGAGUGCAGAAGUACUUCGUCACCUGAUAAUACAGUUCCUUCUUCAAUCUCAACUCCAACGACUACGACUCCAACGACUACAACUCCAACAACUCCGAUUACAACGUUUUCAACAAAAACGACUACAGAAAUAACAAUUACAACCCCAAUAACAGAAAUCACAACAAAAAUUCCCAAUAAACCCCGUGAGAAAUGUCCUCCAAAGGAAUCAACGGAAGAAGCGCGGAUUGCUCAUCCAUGUCUAUGCAACCGAUAUUACGACUGCAUAGACGGUGAAAAGAUAUUACAAACAUGUCCGAUUGGCAAGCAUUUUGAUUACGUGAGAGAGAUUUGCGAUUGGGUCUCAGUAGUAAAAUGUAUUCGACCGAUUCCAACCUUUAACAUUUUAACCUCCGACAUUGAUGACUAUAAUACUACAUGCGCUCCAGAAGGCAGAGCAUUUCAACAUGACACCGAUUGUUCUGCCUAUUAUUUAUGCUCCAACGGUGAGAAAAUUUUAAGACAGUGUAUGGAGGGACUCCAUUUCAAUAUGAUCAUCCAAAUAUGCGAUUAUCCGCAAAAGAGUUGCGAUUUGAACAGAUCCUCGCCAAGAAUCAAUUUGGAUAUUUGCCCUCCUUCAGAUUCCGUACAGGAAGUAUUUUUGCCUCACGAAUGUGAAUGCACACAAUAUUAUGAAUGCAUUAAUGGAAAGAAAUUUCUUCGAUUUUGUCCGAAUCGUCUACAUUUUGAUCCUGUUUGGCAAAUUUGUAAUGAUCCAAUUGAGGCCAAAUGUGUUGCUGAUACAAUUUCGACAACAUCUACUUCAAUAUUUACAACAUUAUCAACUACGGAAGCUAUCGAUGAACCUCGCACAACGUGUCCUCCUAAGGGAUCAACUGAAAAAUUACGACUUCCUCAUCCAUGUAUAUGCAAUCAGUAUUAUGAGUGCGUAGAAGGCGACAAGGUAUUACGAACAUGUCCAAUCGACAUGUACUUUGAUGACGCAACAGAGGUUUGCGAUUGGAGCACCGAAGUGAAAUGCAUCUCGCAAUUUCCAUCUCACGACAUCCAAAUUAACGAUUACGAUAUUAACAAUAAAUGUUCUCCAAAUGGCAGAGCGUUCAAUCAUGAAAAUAGUUGCACUGAGUAUUAUUUAUGCUCUGAAGGUGAAAAAGUUUUACAAUACUGCUUAGAAGGACUUCAUUUCAACGUUAGUAUACAGAUGUGCGAUUAUCCGCAAAAGAAAUGUGAUCUAACUAUAUCUGAUACACCUAGACCACAACCUAUACCGACAGUCGCCUUAAAUAUUUGUCCUCCCGAUUCCAUGCAACAAGUACUGUUGCCUCACGAGUGCGAUUGCACGCAAUAUUACGAGUGUAUUGACGGAAAACAGAUUCUUCGAGAUUGUUCGGAUGGUCUACAUUAUGAUUACGUUCGUCAGAUUUGCAAUGUGCCGAUUGAAGCUAAAUGCAAUGAUUUCACAACAACGAUUCCUGAAAGCUCGUUUCCUACCAUCCCUGAUUCAAGUAAAUGUUACGACGAAAAUAAUGAAAUACCUUAUGAACAUGACUGCAGGUUUUACUACAAGUGCAACAACGGUAAGAAGAUCUUGAAAACAUGUCCUAGAAACUUAUACUUUAAUCCAAAGCUUCGAGUAUGCGAUUAUCCGGAGAACGUCGUCUGUAACGUUGAAGGAAACAUAUCCAGUACAUCAACACCAACCAAGUGCGAAACAAUGACAGAAACCACCAAUAUUCCUCAUGAGACCGACUGUAAUUUGUAUUAUGUCUGCGAGAAUGGCAUCAGCAUACUUAAAAAAUGUUCUCCGAACCUCGUUUUUAAUCCUAUUCUGAAAGUUUGCGAUUUCCCAGAGAAUUAUGUCUGCAAAGUAACACGUGACAAGAACAACAUUAAAAAGAUUAAUAAAAUAGUUCAAAAUCUCGAUCCAUCUACUUGUAUUGGUACUUGUCCAGAAGAAGACCCUGAUUUUGCAGUGUUACUUCCAAACGACGAUUGCAAGAAAUUCUGUAUGUGCAGCGGUGGCGUAGCAUGGGUUCAACCAUGUCCUGACCCACUCUAUUUUGAUUCUGUUGAAAAGAUUUGUAAGAAAAAAAAGGAUGCCGUUUGUGGGGUACGUUCGUACAAUCAAGAUAGCAAUUUCAUGACUGAUAAAACGGUCGACAAUGACUAUUCGAUGAAAACUCUGACCACCGAAAAUAAUGAGCGCGCAACGUAUGACAAUCUCGAUCCAUCUACUUGUAUUGGUACUUGUCCAGAAGAAGACCCUGAUUAUGCAGUGCUACUCCCGAACGAUGACUGCAAGAAGUUCUGUAUGUGUAGCGGUGGCGUGGCAUGGGUUCAACCAUGUCCUGACCCACUCUAUUUUGAUUCUGUUCAAAAGAUCUGUAAGAAAAAGAAGCAAGCCGUUUGUGGGGUACGUUCGUACAAUCAAGAUAGCAUUUUCAUGACUGAUAAAAUGGUCGCCAAUGACAAUUCGAUGAAAACUCUGACCACUGAAAAUAAUGAACGCGCAACGUAUGACAAUCUCGAUCCAUCUACUUGUAUUGGUACUUGUCCAGAAGAAGACCCUGAUUAUGCAGUGCUACUCCCGAACGAUGAUUGCAAGAAGUUCUGUUUGUGUAGCGGUGGCGUGGCAUGGGUUCAACCAUGUCCUGACCCUCUCUAUUUUGAUUCUGUUCAAAAAAUUUGCAAACGGAAGAAGAAUGCUGUUUGUGGAGUUCGUCUAUUUAAUGAAGAUCAUGUCUUUAUAAUUAAUGAGAAAUGGUAAUAAAAAAAGGAAUCUAUGGCACCUUCAAACAAGGAACAUGAUGACGGACGCAGGACAAACAUUUUAGUCGAAGCUUUAUUUCAAUUUUAAUUUUUAUUUUAUUGUUUGCAAGUUUGCAAAUUAUUGAAAUUACUUAUUAAUCAU